AAAAAAAAAAAAGACGAAAAAGAAGAAGACAGUGAUGUGCCAAAAGUGCCUAAUAAGAAGCAUAAAAUGGAAAAAGUAGAGCAGGUAGAUGGAGGAAAUAAUGUAGAUGAUUUUGAAAAAGCACCUGAUCAAGAUGAUGAGCAAGUUGUCAAAUAUUCUGCUAAGGAAACUAAACAAUUUACAGGAAAGGCUUUUAGAAAGUUAUUAAGCUCAGAAAAUGCGUUUGAGGCACUUAAAAAGUUUAUUGCUUUGCACCAGCAAAAUGAUGGAAAAGACUUGGCUGCAGAGUAUAUUAAGGAAAAAGGCAGCGUUCUCGAGAUUCUUCAAUUACUUGAUGUAGCAGAGAAGAAAAAUAUCAGCAAUGCUACCACUGUGUUUGCAGCAAUGCACAUUGUCAUCAUGAAAAUCUUAUCUCAGUUUCCCAAUCAGAUACAGUUGACAGAGCAGGCAUGUCAUCAUCUCAUCAAUAGUCAUCUAUCAACAAUUCACUCAAUGCUGUCCAGUCAAAGCAAAGCAAAAAGUCGCAAAGUUGUUUUGAAACUUUUAGCUGCAAUAGUCACUUUGGGUGAUCCGUUUCCACGUGAACUGUUAAAUCACCUGUCUCUGCACUCAGAGCUCGUAGAGUUUUUAGUUUCUCACGUAAGACCAACGGACCCGGAAAAUGUCAGGACAUGUUUUAUACAUUUUAUUCUUGCUUUUCUUGUUGAAGGUGAUGUGUCUGUCAUAAGAACACUGCUUGAAAAACGUGGUGUGGUUUCAAGUAUUUUUUCUGACUUGAUUUAUGACUUCCCUCAUACUGUUCAGCUUGUACUGACAACAGUAAAAAAAUAUGUUUUGGAGAACUCGGGAAUUUCUAAGACCAUAAAGCUACAUGUGUUUUCAACGCAAGUUAUCCAAGGAAUCGUUAAUUUGUAUAAUUGGAAGGGUCCAAAAAAUUGGACAGGAAAUAAAAAGCAAAAGUCAACAGUAACAGCAUUCGUGGAUCCAGAGGACAAGGAAAUUGCAGUUAAUGCUGUUCAUGAGUUUUUACUUACUUUGUUAACAUCUAAUAGGCAUGGUAUUGCUUUUCAUGAUAGAAAACUUGGAUCCGAUUCCAGUCGCAAACACAAUCAGUUAAUCAACACAGUUUUGCAAAGACUAGAAAAACCUUGGGAACAUGCAAAACCAUCAGAAUUAGUGGUCAAAAUUCUGUCAGCUUGUCCAGAUCUGAUUAAAUCUCAGCUGUUGUUAGCAGAACCAUUUCUAGUUCCAAGAGUUUCUAAAAAAUGGGUUUCUCUUAUAGAAUUUUUGAGAAAGAUUAUUGAAAACAUCAAUGUAGAAAAUUGCUUAAGAUUAUGUUCCCCUGAUAUGACAACAGUACAAUUGACAAACGCAAUUACAAAUCUGACAAUGCCGCAAACAAUUAUAAAGAAUGCCAUAAUUCCAUCUUUAGAGCAAACCAAUCCCUUAAUUCACUAUGAAAUAAUUAAACUAGUAUCGGUAAUGAUUACAAAGAUAAAAAGCUUUUCAACUCUACUUGGCACUGUGAAAUCAAACAUUACUGACAUUCCUGCUUUGAAAACUAAUUUAUUAGGACAACUUACCAAGCACAUCCCAACUUUUGAAACAAUUAUAAUUACUUGGAAAAGAGCUCUAUCUGUAUCAUCAGGUCAAAAUUCAGAUACAGAUGAGACAGAUUUGUUUGUAGAAGUCAAAGAUCGAUUACAGGCUGUACUAGAUCUUUUACAGAUUUAUUGUGAAAUUUGUCCAGAAAUUUUAUUGAUUAGUGCUUCAAACGCUGAAAACGAACCAAAGAUAUUACUAACAAGUUUGAAUGAUGUUCCAAGCAUGACUGAAGAAGAGUUGACCAUGAUGAAAGUAAAAGCUCUGAAAAUCUUAUUAUGUUCUGAUGCAUUAAGUUUUGCUCCCAACGAGGAAAUUUUUACGUCUGCUCUCUCAUUAUUACUGACGAAAGUAGGACACGAAAGUAGUUCGUUUGAUUUCGAAGUAAUAAACACGAUUAAAUUAUUAAUAAACAGCUGUGGGAUUUUUGAGGGAUGUAACGAUGAAAUUGAAAUCUGGAUCGAUGCAAUAACUUACAUCGACAACCACGAAGAUAAAUUAGAAGUAUCUAAUUGGAUUGCAAAAACUAUCAAGCGUGUUUCUAAAAAUGUUGAAAAAUAUGUAUCUUUGAUCAGUCAGGUUGAAGAAAAUGCAGUGGAAGAGAUUGUUAGUGUCAAUAAAAUUGAUGAUAUCUUUGAUGAUUUAAUGGAAAGGAACUUUAAAGAAAUAAAAUCUGUAACGUCAAUGUUACCUUUAACUUCGAUAUCCUUGCUUAUUUACGGUGCCAUAGAAAAUUUGAAAAAGAGCCCAUCCAAUGCUUUGGCCCACUAUGUUUCCGUGAUUUUGGUACAUUCACUGCACUGCCAAGUAUCGUCAAAAGCUUUCUUGUCCUUGGUCGAAGACCUGAAAACUCCAGCCCAAAAAUACUUAACUAGCUGGUCGAGUGACAGAUCACCAAGUUCCAUCAAAAAACCUUUUGACUCGCAGAAUAUUUUUCGCAGCAUAAGUACAAUUUUGUUGGAUCCGAGUAAAAACUGCAGCAUUGAAGUUAAAGAAUCAUUGCUAUGUCUAAAAGUGGAUGGAAAUGUCAUUGAAUGUAAAUUGACGAACUUUCAAGUAACAGCAGUUCUUCGAAUGGUCAUGUUCUAUUUGACACAGAUUGUUCGAAGAAAUGGCGUAGAACCACCAAAUAUUUCAGUUUACACGGAUAUUUUAUUGGCACUGUUGAAACUUGCUAGACAAAUUGAAGUCGAUUCUGAAGACUUGAUUAAAGACUGCCUUGAAUGGAUUUUCAAGCAUCCGAUUGUUUUACAUUAUUUUGAAGCGAUCCAUGAAACUAAAGGAUCAGCGGAAUACGGGAUUACGAAAUUUCUUAUUCAAAUUUGUAAAUCCAACGAACAGAAUCUGAUUUCGCACUUUCUCCAGCCGUAUCAAGAAAAAUUCAUCAAUGUAAUAAAAUUGACGUUGAAAAAACAGAAAGAAAAUAACGCAGAAAUUGAUAUUGAAAUACCUACGGAGUUGAUAAAAGUGUUGCAAUUGGAUGUCGAUCGCAUGGUAGACUUGUUGAGUGCGAUUCUUGAUUUGAAGAAAAAUGAAUUUGUGUUGUCGGAUAAAUCCAAAUUAUCGAUUUGGGGAAUUUUGGUGCCCGAGUUGAUAAGCAAACUUUAUGUUGGAGAAAUCAGAAAUGAGUCUGGCUCGUUUGUCACAAUCCAGGACAACUUGUUGAAAAAGUUACUCCUUCAUCUGGUGGAUUUGAAAACAUUGUAUAAGCAAGACGUGUCUUCUUGGGAGAAUAAUUUGUAUGAAUAUUUGGUAAAGUUCCCACACAACAUUUCCGUAAUCAGUGUCAAACUAUUCACGAGACUUUUGGAAACAAAUUUAACACCCUCGUUGGAAAAAAUUAUUAACUUACUGUGCGAAAGGAAUGAUAAGUUCAUCGCUGCUUUUAUCAAACAUACGGACAGUAGCAAGAGGAUGUUGCAAAAAAAAUCAUUAAUCUUUUCAAUCUUAUCCAGCAAUUCGAAGUAUCAAUGGAAUCGAGAGUUUAUCAAUAAAAUUUACGAAUCGCACAAAAGUGACAUCGUUCAAUAUUUAACUGAACCCCAAGUUGACAAGGCUCCUUGGAUUCAUGAAAAUGUUCAAGCCGUAGUAUUUUUAAUCGAAAGUUUUUUCGAUUCCGAGUCGUGCAAGGAAAUAUGUUACACUAUUUUGUCAAAUGGAAAUAAAUUGGACGCAGUUCAAGAAGGGCACGUAAAAUUAUAUUACAGCUUGUUUAAGAAGAGCCUAAGCGUCAACCCCGACGCCUUGAAGAAUUUCACGCAGCUCCUACUUCAUGUAACAGUGACGGCGUUGAAGAAAGAUUCGAAAAAUUUCGCAAAACUAAACUACCUUUACAAACUACUGAUCAACACCAUUGAUACUUUGAAAUCCAAAGAGGCAGAUUUUGCGUUCGAGGAACUGGGUAAGAACCAUUUGUGGCCCCAGUUCGUGCGAAUCAGUCUGAAAUCAGGUCUCAAACCUAUCAAGGAAGAUAAAAAAAGUUCGCAGCCGUCACUAUUGAUUAAAGCCUUGAGCGCUGCUUGUGAAGUUGCGUACAAAAAUAACGACUGCGAAGAGUACGUCAAAACUAUUUUUGCAAUGGUUACUUUGCACACCGAAUUCAAGGAUACAAUGACUAGUAACAGCCAAUUAAAAAGUGAUCUCGUGGAACUAUUGUGGGUCCUUGUGAGAAAAAACAAAGAAAUCAUGUCAGAAGCCCACAUUCCGAUUUACUUGUGUGCAUAUAAUGCUACCCUCAGCAAAAGCGACCAAUUCAUUUUAAAAAUUCUCCAGCACUACGAGAGGAACAACAUGAGAUUCUCAGAUUACGCGCCCUUUCUUUGGGGAAAAGCAGCCGAGUCCCACUUUGGGACCGAGGCAAGUUUGGAUACUGCCUUGUACAGAGAACGCUCAAUAUCCCAAAUUCUGGACCAACUGGUGCCUGAAACGAUCUCGCGAACCAUCAAAUUUUUCCCAGUGGCGAGAAAUCUGGCGGGAGACUUGGUGGACGUAGAAAAUGCAGAUCAGAUCUACGAUCCCGCGUUUUACCUGGCGGUAUUCUGCAGCUUGCUGCAGGACUGCAACGACGUUCCCUGCCAUAAGGUGGUACACAAGGGUGGACUCGCGCUCACGAUAGUCGCUUGCAGCAGCGCUUGCGAUAAAAUUCGCUUGGCUGCCUACACCGUCUUGUCAAGGUUCUACUGUCAUUUGCAGCAACUCGGCAAAAGUGCGAAAGAAAAACUCUUGUGGAUCCACUUUAUCGAAGCCCUGUGCAACGGUACAGCAAAGCUGGAGCAGCCGCUGGAGAAAAUUCGCCUGAACGGUUUCAUCGCCACUUUCUUGGCCCGAGCGACCAACAUGAUGACGCAGCCGUUGAAUCCGCUCUACUCGCCCCUUCACGCUUUUCUCAUGGCCAAACCGGCUCUGGAUCUCGAUAUCAUACCGGAAUUCCUGCCCCUGUUUCACAGCUCCGAAGUCGAGCAUUUGGCUCACAGGCACUGGAUCCUCGAGAUCAUUCGCGAUGGCUUUAAAGAUCACGAGGAUAUGGAUAUUGCCUUGAAGUAUCUACUUUUCAAGAUGCUGUUUUGCUACUACAAUUGUAUAUUGGCAGAUGAUGUGACUAAAAAACUCAUUCUACAAACGAUUCGAUCGGCGACAAGGUUAACGAGGGGCUGCACGAUACUCGUCAAUGGCUAUUCUCUGUUACCAUGGCUGGUCAAUAUAAGUGUAAAUCUAAAGAAGGGUGAUUCAGAGUCAAUCGCGUGCGUCAUCGAUAUUGUAAAUAAUAUCAUCGAUGCUCAUCGAAAAACCAAAUUGAAAGAUACUCAUCACCACCUGUUGAUAAAAAUACUCCUUCAGACAAAGUCGCGCUUUCACUAUAACCUUCCAGUCGACUGCUUCCACAAAUUUGUCAAUACGUUGAUCAAGGCUGCAACAAACAAAAUGGCCUGCAAUGCUCUGGCAAAAGAUCACCUGUUGGUGGAUCUAGUUGAGCUUGCCAAGAUCCUGUUGGGUGACGUGAACGAGUGCGAGGCAAUUCUACAGUUUGGGUGUUCAUUCGUAAAACAUUGUGAAAUCGACGGCGAUGCCUGUCCUCGAGAUAGUUUAUACAAACUUGUACACCUAAGCGAAUUUUUAAAACGUCCCAUCAACGUGUGGUCGAAGGAACGACUCAUCUGCUGCGUCAACGGACGCCACGAUUCUUCGGACGGAUCGGCGAUCGACGUGGAAUUUUCGAAAAACAGCUCGCCGAUCGGACACUUUGCCCUGAAAGGCGGCAAAGAACCGAAUCCUCGAGGCACUCUGUACCCGAAUAAUUGCCUGUUCGACUGUGUCGCUUCGCAAACGGGCUUCGAACCGAUCGAGCUGCGGCGCGAAGUCAUCAGGAGGAUACUACGCGGACGAUCGCGGAAGUACUGGUCGGAUCAUUAUGAAAUCAACCGUCUCAGCAAAAGUAACAAUUACACGGUACCAUCCAUACGGCGAUCCCACUGUGACCAGAGAUGUCAAGCUCUCGAUUUCGCAGCCAUAGUUGACGACACGAUGCGGGGUGGCGCCCGGUACCGCGGCAAAUCGUCCGAGGACGCGAAAAAGGUACUGGACGAGUCGCAAAAGGGCCGCAGGCACCCCGACGGCCUCGCGGGCCAUCCACGAGGUCACGCGUCCCACCCCGAGGCCACAGGCGAGACGGAAUCCGUGGAGAACUACUCCAAGAAAAACUGGGGCAAACCGGUCACGGGCUUCCUCUCGCGCUCGGACCAGGACGUCAUGGCGCACCGGGUGCUGCUCACCAGCGAGGGCAAAGAGGCGAUGGACAUGCUGAACCAAGAGGGAGCCUCCGCGAGGGCAGAGGUGAUUCACGUGUCGGCGGACAAGUUCGACAAGCGGGACUUGCGCAGGGCCCAAGUUUGGGUCAACGGGAGGGUCCAGAAGAACCGGCCCAGCGAUGUAAAGAGGCUGACUAUGGUACUGCGGCACUUUUACGACAGGCACGACGACGAGGACGCGGAUGCGUUCGUCGUCACGUUUUAUCCGAGGAUCGACGAGUGGAACAAACACCCGCACUAG